GUAAGAGGAAACCCUUAACUGCUCUGGCUCCACCAGCUUCACCCUUUUCUUUUCUGUGCAUUUUCACUCACACCCGUCGGGACGUGUGCACGCUCAGGACGAGAAUGGCAGCAUCAUCUGCACAGAGAGUUAACGGGCCCUGCAAAAUGUUGGCUUUGCUUCUCAUCGCCUCAGUCUUAAACGCUGGAGUCAAGGCACAGGAAGAGGAAGUUCUUGCAGCGACGGCGCCAGCUGUGGUAGCAGAUGCAUACGUACGAGGAGACAUGAUUCCAAGCGCAACUGAGGCUCCUGCUGAAGAGCCAGAGGAUCCACAAAUCCAGGUUUUCCCUUCUGUGGGACCUCUAAACCCGACUGAACAAAGUACAGCAGCACCAACAACAGCAACAGCUACAGUGGACGCAGGAGACAGUAAUGACAGCGGCCCUGCAGCUCCAGAGGAGUUCACAGUCGAGGUACAUACUGAGGCACCCAAAGUUGCGGAACCAGAAACCCCAGCACCUAUACCUUCAAGAGGCGAUGGUCCCAACAACAAACCACAGGUGGUACCGGAUGAUAUUGUUUGUGUCAGCAAAGAGGCGGUCCAGGACAAAAACGCAGUCAAUCUAAAACUCAAGGCCUCCUCCAACUGUGAAGACACCAAAAAGAAGAUUGCAAGUGUUCGGCAGGAGCUGUGUGGUGAAGACUGUAAGCUCGAUAUCUACCAGGAGGACAACUCAGAUGAAAUCAUUGUAUCUGGAAAAUAUGUGGAAGAUGAUGUGGCAGGCAUGGCCAACAAGUUUAACAAUGACAACAUCAAAGAUAAGACUGAUGUGGUGGAGGCUGUUCCUCGUUGGGGGAAGAACUCUAAGUUGGUCCUGGUUUCCCUGCUGCUGACUGGCCUGUUGCUGGCUGCACUGCUGGUAGCUGGUUAUUAUCUAAAGACCCAUCGCAAGAACUCCAAAGGAGUCAGACUGGCUGAAUCCUUCCAGGUGGAUGAGGAGAACCAGGCCAACACCCUGGUGUCUGUGGCUCCUCUACCCCAGGAGCCUGUCGACAAGCCGACCAUCAACGGUGAGUCUCCACCAGAAAAUGGGACCAGCCCUGCCCCCACCACUAAUGGACACUCUGCCACCCAGACCCCAGUGGCUGACACGGAGAUGUGAAUCUUGACACCUCAAACCUCCUGUUCUGCCCAUCACCCACUGGGACACACUACCCACAAGCCCCUCUGCUGCCUCAGAGACUGUCCACACACUGAGACAAAUUCAACAUGAAUCCAUCAAAUACUCCCCUCUUCCUCUGCUGCAUCUCUCGGGACGAUGAUGACAACAACAACAACAAUGGUUAUAAGAUAAUGACAAUGCCUGUAAUGUGAAAAGUUUGGGAUCACUGGCCUUUGCUGGUGUCAAGAGGAGCCUACACUCGCUGUGUUUGGGACUGAGACUGCUCAGCAGGGCACUGACUGGGAUUUGUUAGCUGCCCUGACUUCAGUCUAGUUGUAACAGUCAUUGUAGAAUCCCCAAAUAAUGCCAAAUAUGUUCUGUUGAUUCCCAACGGAGAAGAAGCGUAAGCUCUAUUAUUUCAAUCCACGAUUGUGGUGCAAUGAAACCAAUGAAACCAGGCAGUUGAAAAAAGACCAGCUUUUAUACUGUUUUUAAAAGGACUGACACUCACUGCUUGAGAGUUUUCUUUUUCUAUUGGAUUCAGAAAAUGUUUGUUUUCGUAGCCUUCAUCUUUUUGCCUUAACUUGUUCAGACCUAUAAAGUGUGAGACUGGCCAAAAAAGAAGUGAAUGAAACCCAGCCAACACUGUAUAUGGGGCCCAUGUGGGUAGUAAACGGGUUGAAAAAUGGGCCAUAUAUUGGACUGUCCACAAGUUCCAUAAUGGCACCAUGCCAAUUGCCCACAUGGAUGGGUUUACCCAUGGGCCCCUGAUAAGAUGCCCUUUAGGCUUUGGUGGUAUCCAUUUUUUCGUGCCUUCAUACCUUCCUAAAAUUUCACUGGGGUAUAUGGUAUAUGACGGUAAAAGUGUGCGGCGCUAAGUCCACUGUUUCAACAAUCAGCAGCUCUGGUCUGGUCAAAAUAAAUCCUUAAUUCACCAAGUACAAUUUUAAAAACAUACCGUUAUUCCCCACGGUCUCUGCUGUUGCUUAACGGCUGUUUAUAGUCACGUGACUUAUCUAUCUACCACAAGGUGUUGCUCUGUCUUUCAGCUCAGCUGCCUGUUCCAUCAGUAGAGAAAAGAGACUAAGCUCUGCUGGUGCAUGCUGCGCACUAGAUAUAAUGAUUUUAAUAGAAAACAGACUGCCUCUAUUUAUGAUAGUACAUAUCUUCCAAAUACCCGGGUACAACGUAUGCCAUGAUACCUAGCCUAAUGCUCAUUUUGGGCCCAUACCCAGUUGGUACCCAGUUAGCCCUAGCAUAACCAAUGUAGGGCCCUCUUUGGUAAAGCCACUCAUGUGAGCAACUGCCAUUGGGCCAUUAUGGAACCCAUGGACAACCAAAAAUAUUGUCCCAUUUUCAACUCAAACAGGUCCCACAGACAAAUGUUGGCUGGGAAAGAAAUCCAAUUUACUUAAAGUUAGCUAUAUUUUCUCAAAGAUUGUCAAAAAGUUGCCAUAUUUGUAUAAUUAUUGCUUGUUACCAUUGUUAAAAUUCUGCAUAAAAACCAAAGACCAGAUUAUAUGGCAGUAGCACCGUCCAAAAUAGAUUGAUAAGGUAGAAAGUAGCAACAUGUUCUUUGGUUUUUACUGAAGAAUGCAAUAAUGCUACCAAGUUAUUAGAGCUGGUAUCAUUUAAAAAAUAAGAUACCAGUACCAAUACCUGUACCCUAAAAGUGAUACCGAUACCUUUUUUCAGGCAUUCAGGUGCAUAAAUACCAGACGCCACAAGCCUGUAGUAUAGCAGUACUUCACAAUGUUUUGGUGGUAGUACACUGCACUCAUCUUCACCACACCAGACUGGGUUGUAGCUGCUGUGGCCAUGGGCCAAUUGCACGCAGCAUUAAAUCAAAGAAUGCUUGUGGUGGUUGGCUGCAGAAAAAAAACAUACAAAAAGUCUUAUUUUCUAUAUACAAAAAGGUUCAAAUGCAGGUACUAUUUGACUAGCGAAGUUCCAAUACUACUUGGUACUGUUAUUUCAGUAGACCCCUUAAAAGUAUCGAGUACCCAGCCCUACAAACUUUCAUAACAUGGGAAUAUCAUCUGAAAACUAUUGGUAUUUGCCUCAGUGCUUUGGACUGAGCAUUAUGAACAACUAAACCUUGACAACCACUGACCUUUGGUCAAAAUUGGGAUAGGUUGCUAACUAUAUUUCUAUUUCUUUUUUUUUUUGAUAGCCUGGUGAUUUUCAUGAUGACAU